UUGCUUUUAAUGCAAGUGAGCAAAAGCAACCAUUUCUUUUGACUGAACAUCACAGGGCAAUAAGAAAAAAAUAAUCUGAAACUUUGAAAAGAGGAGAUGUGCCGAGAUCAUUUGUAACCUGAGAUGCUAAAAACCUUCCCUUAGGGUGCGUGCAAUGAAAAUCCAAUUUUGAAAAUGAGAUGUUGAAAUGUAUGAUACAAAACUCAGCCAAUUACUAUACUAAUACAAUCAAUUCUAAUUAAAUUAUUUUUUCCUGGGGCUGAAAUUCUGUUUUGUAUGUUUGAUAAAACAAAAUUUAUUUAUAGCAAUUUCCAUGUUCUUUUAAACAUUCUAGUUAUUUCAGAUUCCUAUUUAUUUAAAAUAUUUCAGCUCUUAUCUUUAAAAAAACAAACAUUUUAGGCAAAAUGCAAAAGAAAGAGGUCUUUUCAAUUCCUUAGGCAUCACAACUUCAUUUAUUUCAGUCCUAAAUCAGAACAGCAGCAAUAACCAAAAGUCCAAAAGCAUAAAAUGUAAACAUAUAUUAAAUGCCAAAUCACAAUAUCAUAAGCUUGAAAGAAAAUCCUGUAUCAGAGUUCAUAUGUCUGUACUUUAAAUUCUAGCCUUGCUGUUCUUUCUUUUCUGACUUCUCUGUGUUGGUGAAAUUGAUUACAAGUAAUGGGAUAUUUUCAUUUGUGUUUGCCUCAAAGCAGGAAUUAUUUUACAGCACUUACACGGGGGGAAAAUUGUAUUUUAUUGCAAAAAUAAUUUCAUUUUUCUCCUUUAAUACCUGUUCCCAUUUCUGGAAGGUUUGAAGAAUACAUAUUCAUUUUCUCUCUUUAGACUCACUACAAAUUAUUAAUAGGUGGAGGCAAAUAUAAACGUACCACACAUUUCUGUGACUUGAGGCUGAGUUAAGCCAAAUGUCACCCAGCUUUGGAAGUGCUAGCCUGGAGCAGACGUCCAAGGGACCAGUGAUUUCUUUAUGUUAGUAAUUUUCUUCAGGGUUUCAAAAUAUUUCAGAUAAAUACAUCUGAAGGACACCAGGUCAGGAAGCUUUUUUUAAAGAAGGCACUGUGGCAUGCUAUGCUUACAUUUUAAUGCUUAGUUUUCCUUCUUGCUGCUAUCUUCGUGGACGCCUUUGCUCUGACGAUCAUAUUGUCCUGCUGUCUUCAUCAAAUCUAGUGGUGCUGAAUUCUAUCACUGAGUUCUGUAUUUGUCUUUGCCAGAAUCUUCUGCCACGGGAGCGAGAGAGAACAAGGCUAAACCUCUCCUUGCAAACACCUUUGAAGCAUUUGUAUAUUGUUUGUCAACCUUCCAGGAUAUGUGCCUACUAUAAAGGGUGAAUAUUUUUAUCCCAAAACAAUUAAAAGCAAAUAUAAUCCCUACUUUUUUUGUUGUCAUCUAGCAUCUCUAUUGACUACCCAUGUUCUGUGCAUGAAUUUGGUAAAGCUCUCCCAAUUUUCUCUUCCUCACUAGGCACCUCUUUUGAUUGCCAUCCUACACACACACCAGGCUCAAAUCCCCAUUUUGGAAGAACAUCAGCCUGGAACUGGCUAUAGUUGCGUCCAGCAAGAGGCCCUAGAAUUGGGUCUAUCACGUUUCCAAUUUCUUUCUUUGUGGCCCCGGUGCAGGUUUUGGCUUUUUCUCUGCAAUCUUGGAGGCCUGCAGCCUAUCUGUGAUUUCCUCCCCUUCCCUUCCUUAGAAUCCAGAGUGUGAUUCAAUCCUCCGAAAAUCCAGCAGGCACAAGAUGCAGCCCCAGUUUUGGGGGUGUGCUGCAGCACCCCCAGUGGCUGUUCUGCCACUUUGCACCCAUGCACUGCGUCCUUUGCUCACUCCUUCAGAAGACCACCUCGGAGUUGCUCCUGAUGCUUCUGGGGUUUUCAUUGGGAGUGCCAACUCCCCCCCCCCCCCAGCACCGGAGCGUGUCUGGCAUCUCAGCCUGGCCUCAUCUGUGCAGCCUUUUUUGGCUCCCCCCUUGGCCCUCCCUGGACUGGCUCCCAUCCAGGGCUUUGACUCCCCCACCCCCAGAGAUGCCAGCAGAAACAGGUGCAGCCAUCCCUUGAUCUAGCUCUGCAGCCCCCUCCUCUCAAAAGCCCAGGGAAGCAAAUGGGUCCUGUGCAUCCAAUGGAUUUGGCUCCCAUCCUUUGCCCUCCUUGAAACUUUCUAUCCAGGGAUGUGAACCGGCUCCACUGCCUCUUUGCAACCUCCUGCCUCAUAGCUGUGGGGGCAAGGAAAGGACCAAUGGUUGGGGGAGCCUCCCUACAACCUCCCCUCCCAAGUGCCCCAGGCUAUUUGUGACCUGCAGGAUCUCCUGCCCACCUUCCCCAGAAGACCCGCCUCUGGAUGAAGUGCUGCGUGGCAAUGGCUUGAAAGGGGUCCCCAAAAUCCAGGCUGCUCAGAAGAAGAACUUGAGGUUCAUUGCUAGGAAUCUUCUAGUUGGAUUGAACCGUUGUCUGCAGCUUUCUCAAAGGUAGUUUGGGGGAGAAGUUCUAGACUGAGGAUGGGCGAAGUUCCUCUCGUUGCCUCAUGCGACCCAAUGCAGAAGUUCAGAGAGGAACACAGCUUGCCUGGAAGUGCACAGAUGUGGGAGAAAGGCCCAAAGGACGAAGAAAAGCCUACCUAAGGACCAUUCUAGAGUUCCUGAAAGCCUUGACUUGAUCGUGCAUAUUCUGCAGACACAUAUCGGCAUAUGUGCAAGUAUGUGAGAUGGUUGAUACCUAAAAUACCUCCCCCCCACCAGUUUUGGCUUAGGAGAUACGAAAUACCAAGGCCUAUUUACAGCCUCUGCCUUUUGGGGGACGGAUCAGGUUGCAGGGCCUGCAGCCGCUGCCAAAAGCUGCUUUCUCUCAGUUCCACCCGAUGCCCAUAGCUGGAGCUGGAGCUCCGAGGAAGACAGCGGUGCCUGCGUGGGGAGCCAGCCAAGUAGCUUUCUAGAGAAGCGCUAGGCUUUGCCACACGCCGCCCUCCCUCCUGGUAUCUCUGAUGGUUUGGAAAAAGGUGGGUGAGGGACCAGGUGCUGGGAACUCCCAGGGGUCUUUAUUACAAUCUGGGUCUUUUUCCAGAGUCAGGGAGAUGUUUGGGUGGGCGGCUCCCCUCAAAGUCUGCAUGGAUUGGAGUGGGGACCCCCCUUGCUUGCCAAGGCUACAACAUGUCCCGGGCACCGGCUUGGUCCUCAAAACACUCCUCCUCCUCCUGUUCUGCAAACACGUGCAAGCCCACUGUAGGAUCCUGCGCUGCAACUCGGAAUAUGUGGCUUCCACCCUCCACCUGCGGGGUCCCGACAAGAGCGCAGCCUACUGCCUGGCCCUGCGAGCCUACGCCCGCUGCACCCGCCACACGGCCCGCACCUGCCGCGGGGACCUGGCCUUCCACUUGGCUGUCCACGGCAUUGAGGACCUCAUGGCCCAGCACAACUGCUCCAAGGAGGGGCCCAGUCCAGCACCCCGAGCGCCCCGUCCCCCUGGGGCCAGUACCCCAGACGUCUGUGACUACAAGAAGGCCUUUGCCCACAAGCAUGGCAGGCCGCCCACCUACCAGCACUGUGCUUCCUUUGGGGACCCCCACGUGCGGACCUUCAGUGAUGAAUUCCACACCUGCCGCGUGGAGGGCUCCUGGCCGCUGCUUGACAACCACUACUUGUUUGCCCAGGCCACCAAUUCCCCUGUGGCCAAAGGAUCAAACGCCACAGCCACUAGCAAGAUCACCAUCAUAUUCAAAAACAUGAGGGAGUGCAUCGAGCAGAAGGUCUACCAAGCCGAAGCAGACAGCCUCCCGGCGGCUUUUCAGGACGGCUCGGUGAACGGGGGCGAGCGGCCCGGCGGGGACAGCCUGAGCAUCCUCGAGCGCGUUCCCGGGCAGCACGUGGAGAUCCGGGCGGCUUACAUCGGCACCACCAUCGCGGUGCGCCGGGCGGGGAGCCGGCUGUCCUUCUCUGUCCGAGCGGCCGAGGAGGUGGCCCGCUCCUUCACCGAGGAGCAGGACCUCCAGCUGUGCGUGGGCGGCUGCCCUCCCAGCCAGCGCAUCGCCCGGCACGAAGGCUGCUGCGGCGGCGGCAGAGGCGCCGUCGCCACCGAGGAGGCCCACCGGCUGUGCAAGGAGGAACUGCCGGUGGAGGACAUCUACUUCCACUCGUGCGUCUUCGACGUGGUGGCCUCCGGGGACAGCAACUUCACCCUCGCGGCGCGUGGCGCCCUGGAAGACGCCAGGGCCUUCCACCCGGACGCCAGGAAGCUUCACCUCUUCCGGCGGGACGCUGCCUGCCACCAGACCGCCGGCUCCCUUCUCCGCCUCGCCUCCCUGGCCGUCCUCCUGCUUUUCCCCUAGGAGAUCUGAACUCGCCUCGCAGCAGCGGCGCUGCCGAGGAGCAUCCUCCUCCAGAGGCAGAAGCGGGCUCGCCGUGGGUUGGCGGUGAGGAGCGGACGGUGGAACGAGCGGAGGAGCAGUCGCGCAUCGCCUGGAGGCCUCUUCGGGGGAGCCUCUGCAAGCCAGGAGAGGUCGGGGGUGGGGUGGGGGCGCUUCUGCAGACUCAGCUCUGUAGACUGCGGCAACUGGAGCGGCUGGGAAGCUGGUGACUGGGAAAAUGCCAGUGUUUUUUUUUAAGGAAUGUUUAAUAUAUUAAGUGGAAGACUUUGAGGAGAAGGGCUUGGUCUCCCCUGCGCUGUUGCGUUGCAGUUCUUUUUUUCCUGGGGGCGGCAAGAGGGCCCCUCCAGAAAGGGAAGGUUGGGAAAGAAACCUCACCUAGAAGGAUCGUUUAUCCCUGGAAAACUCGUGGAGGUCGAGGUUUUCUUCAGCCACAAGAAUGCCCCGAAGGCAUUCGCUCUCAUUUUUCUUGAAACAGGAAAGCGGAAGCGCCUUUCUUUCCUGGGGUAACAAAGGACAGAAAUUCACUGGGGCCUUUACCCGUGCGUGAGAAUACAGUCAGGGAUUGCCUGCUCCC